AUGGCUCAUACCUCAUUUCCCGACGACCUACCAGUACCCAAGGAUGAUGGUCAAUAUGAUCAUUUGACCAGCGGCUUUCGCAUCCCCACCGAUAUUUCAUUGCCGGUGGCCAGGGAUCCUUCCAACAAAGUCGUGCUUGCCAAUCUUCCUGGCUUGACUAUUCUCUUCAUCUAUCCUAGAACGGGCGCACCGAAUGAGAAGAUUCCGGAUUCGUGGAAUGAAACACCCGGCGCUCGUGGCUGUACCCCGCAAGCCUGUUCCUUUCGAGACAAUUUCUCCCAGUUACGCUCCUUGGGAGUAACUGCCGUCUAUGGUAUCUCGACUCAGUCUCCGGCAUAUCAGGCCGAGGUCCACGCCAGGCUUCGUCUGCCGUAUGACUUGCUCAGUGACGAGGAUUUGACCUUUCAACAAACCCUUCACUUGCCGACAUUUGAAUGGAAUGACACAAAGGUCUUGAAGAGGUCGAUGAUUGCAGUCGAAGGUGGGCUGAUCGUCAAAUGGUGGUACCCGGUCUUUCCACCAGAUCGAGGAGUGGACGAUCUCGUUGAGUGGUUGAAGGGGAGAUGA